AUGGACAAUUUUUAUCGCCGGUUGCUACCGAACUGUGCUGAUCUCAUGUUGCCGCUCACCAACAUGCUUUCUGGUCCCAAAGGUCCCCUAGAGCUGACUGGUAAGGCACUGACUGCUUUUGAGAGAAUCAAGAAUUCCGUUGCCGAUGCCACCUUACUCACGCAUCCCGCCCCCGAAGCUCAGCUGUCUCUGAUGGUAGAUGCUUCGACCGUAGCCGUAGGUGCAGUCCUUCAACAACACCUUGCUGGUUCGACUCAACCACUUGCCUUUUUCUCCAAAAAGCUCUUACCAGCUGAGACACGCUACAGUACCUUUGGCCGUGAACUACUUGCCAUUUACCUGGCUGUGAAGCAUUUCCGGCAUUUCCUUGAAGGUCGUGACUUCACUGUUUUCACUGACCACAAACCGUUGAAUUUUUGUCUUCGUUCCCACUCCGACGAAUACAAUACGAGGGAAAUGGCCCGCCUGGACUACAUCUCCCAAUUCACCACCGACAUCCGCCAUAUUGAUGGCACGAAGAAUGAGGUGGCUGAUAUGCUUUCCAGACCCUCACUGUCUUCCCUCCAACUCUCACACGGGAUCGAUCUUUGUGUCAUGGCGGCUGACCAACAGCAAAACGGUUGUCCGGGCGACGAGUCUGUUAGUGGUCGCCUACCCAAAGACGUUCCUCUGACCACCGGCUAUGGUACCAUACUUUGUGACGUCUCAACUCCAUUUCAUCGCCCUUUCGUGCCCGCCUCGAUGCGUCGAAUUCUAUUUCAAACUCUGCGUAAACUCUCCCCCUCUAGGAUCCGAGUCUCUCGAAAGCUCCUCGCGGAAAGGUUUGUCUGGCCUGGCAUGAACAAGGACGUUAAAGCUUAGGCUCGGUUGUGUCUGAGCUGCCAGCGCAACAAAGUGCAGCGUCACAGUAAGUCCCCACCAGGCACUUUCCCCAGUCCCGACGCACGGUUCAGCCAUGUGCACCUGGAUGUCGUACGCCACUUUCCUCCAUCCAAUGGUUUCACCUACCUCCUUAGCUGUGUCGAUCGAUAUACUCGCUGGGCUGAAGUUAUUCCUUUGCCGAAUGUUCAGGCUGAAACCAUCGUGAAGGCCUUCGUCAGUCGUUGGGUCGCCAUGUUCGGUGCCCCAUCCACGGUUACGACUGAUCGUGGUGCGCAGUUUGAGUCGGCACUCUUCCAAACGCUACUCAAUUUCCUUGGCUGCAUACGCACUCGGACGACAGCCUACCACCCAGCUGCCAACGGUAUGGUGGAACGAUUUCAUCGUCAGCCAAAGACCGCCCUGCGUGCCGUAGAAGACCCAGGAAACUGGUCGGACAACCUUCCUCUUGCACUCCUCGGCAUCCGCGCAGCUCUGAAGUCGGAUCUGGGCUGUAGCACAGCUGAAUUGGUUUUCGGCACUACCCUCCGACUGCCAGGCGAGAUGAUCACCCCAACCUGCGUGGGACCAACGAGACUCCUGACAAACUUGUGCACUGUUUGCGGCAAUUUAUGCGCUCGAUUUCCCCGGUUCCACCUCGAGCUUCAAUGA